AACACAGCAGGGACGUUUCCUCCGUCACUGCUGAAGGAGAACACGUGAUCAAAAGCUGAGCCGGAGUUUCUUCACCUGCCUCAGGUGAUUCACCGUCCUCCUCACCCCGAGGGAGGGCGAGAGAGGCAUGCUGCGGCCUGCAGAGAGAGAGAGAGAGAGAUCCGUCCUGACAUGUGAAGGAACCCGAAGCGUUUGACCUCAUUUAGUUUGUCAGCUCAGUGAAAGAUCAGUCCGGCUGAACCAGAGCAGAAAACAGGAAUACUUCAGAUUUAAUUACAGAUCCGUCACCCACAGUCCGGCCUGAGUGUUUCCUCUCUCACCAACCUGCUCACAACGUCUCUGCUGUCCUGUCAAUACAGAGAGAAGCGACAAACUGUCAAUCAAACUAAGCCCCGCCCUCCUCCACCUUUUUUCUUUCAUACCUGAGAGAAGGUGAGACGGGAUGAGCCCGGUGGGGGAGGGGGAGGGCGCGUGAAGAGAGGGAGGAGAAACAGGAGCAGGGGGAGAGAGAGUCGUGUGUCGGAGCAGGAGAACGACGGCAGGAGCGGACUCACCUGGACUCACCUGGACUCACCUGGGCUCUGCUGGACUCACCUGGACUCACCUGGACUCUGCUGGACUCACCUGGGCUCUGCUGGGCUCUGCCGGCCAGCUGAAGAUCUGAUGGAUCCCUGCUGCUCUUGAUUUGCAGACUGAGCAGAAGGCGACUCGUUGACCACAGCCUGGCUGAUCGAUUAUUAAACGAUCGUUCAUUAACUCUACCUCCUGUCUGGCCCCGGGUAUCUGCCUGCAGAUAAACGAAAUAAAAGAAGGAGACAGGAGAGGAGAGGAGAGGAGGAGUCUGCUUCAUCGUCCCUUUGCAGGUGAUCUGAUCUGAACCAAUCCGAGACAGCGAUUCACACAGGAGGAGGUCAUGUGACUCAGGUGAACCACCUGAGAGCAGGGAGCGAAGCUGUCAGUGUUCUCAGUGUGUCCUCGUGCUUCGACCUGCCGCCGUGUCUCAGAGCGCCGUCUCCUACUGUCUCACUCAGGGUCACUGCGUCACCGUGACGAUGUUCCAGCGAAGGAAGAAGAAGCGCAGGCCACAGAUAUCGCCGCCGCAGGACUUCCAACACCGCGUCCACACGUCAUUCGACGCCGCUUCAGGACGCUACGUGGGUCUGCCGCCGCAGUGGCAGAGCGUCAUUGACACGCUGAGGAGGCCACGCCCCCUGGUGGACCCCUCCAGGGUCACUGAGGUCGAACUCAGGAAGACGAUCGUGCGGGGCAGUUUCAUCGGUCACGGCGACUACAUCUCCCAGGUGAUCUCGGAGAUGAGCCGUCUGUCCGUCACCAGCUCCAACUCUCUGCGCCGCACCAGCCCGUCGGCUCGCAAACGGGCCAAGUCUCUGGGUCGGCUUGGAGAACUGCCGGAGGACGAGGCGUACCAGUACGAGGCGCUGGGUAGCCACGGCGAGGGCGGGAAGACGGGCGGGAGCUCCACCUACUGGCAGGACAGGAUCCGGCAGGUUCGCAGCGAGAGCAGCAGCCCCAAACUGAACGGGGCGCUGCAGAGAGCCAAGUCCAACUGUGAGGUGGGGACGCUGUCUGAGGCCACGCCCCCCGCACCUGAGAGGACGGUUUCGACAGGUGGACAGUAUGCCUGCAGUGAGGGGGCGGGGCUUAGACAGAGGCUGGCAGCCUGUCACUACAAGCUGCUGACAGCGGAGACCAGCAGACCUCACCUGAGACCAGAUCCAGCUGCCAGUCUCCUGCCCGACCUGCUGUCCUCCUCCAGAGAAACUCCCAGAAGGCCUCACUCCUCCUUUGACCUCAAGUCGACCCUCCCCUUCCUGCUGCCCCCCCCCAACAGCACCAGCAGUCCCAUCAUCACAGGUAGAGGGUUACCUCAGCGCCGCCCCUCCUCCAGCAUCAACAUCGGACUUCCUCCCAAAGCACAGCCCGUCCUGGACCAGUCCCGCCCCUCCCCCACAGGCUCCUCAGGACGACCCCCUCCCGGCCCGGGCCCCUCCUCCCUCCCCCAGCUGACAGCGCCCGGCGGAGGCGGGCAGGUGACUCACGAGCAGUUCAAGGCAGCGCUGCAGAUGGUAGUGGACCCGGGGGACCCGAGGACGGCUCUGGGGAACUUUGUGAAGAUCGGGGAGGGGUCCACCGGUGUGGUGUGCAUUGCCCGCGAGAGGCACAGCGGGCGCCAGGUGGCCGUGAAGAUGAUGGACCUGAGGAAGCAACAGCGGCGAGAGCUGCUCUUCAACGAGGUGGUCAUCAUGAGGGACUACCGGCACCAGAACGUAGUGGAGAUGUACCGCAGCGCUCUGGUGGAGGAGGAACUCUGGGUCAUCAUGGAGUACCUGCAGGGCGGCGCUCUCACCCACAUCGUCAGCGAGACCAGGCUGAGCGAGGAGCAGACGGCGACAGUGUGCGAAGGCGUCCUGCAGGCGCUGAGCUACCUGCAUGCUCAGGGGGUCGUUCACCGGGACAUCAAGAGCGACUCCAUCCUGCUGACGCUGGACGGGAGGAUCAAACUGUCAGACUUUGGUUUCUGCGCUCAGAUCAGUAAAGACGUCCCGAAGAGGAAGUCUCUGGUCGGGACUCCGUACUGGAUGGCUCCUGAGGUCAUCAGCAAAACCCCGUACGGGACAGAGGUGGAUAUCUGGUCUCUGGGCAUCAUGGUGGUGGAGAUGGUGGACGGAGAGCCACCGUAUUUCAGCGAAACGCCCAUCACGGCCAUGAAGAAGCUUAGAGACGAAGCGGCGCCGAGCGUGAAGAACAUCCAAAAGGUGUCUCCGGUGCUGAAGGACUUCCUGGGCUGCAUGCUGACCCGUGACACGCUGCAGCGCUCCAGCGCCUCCGACCUGCUGGAGCAUCCGUUCCUGCUGCAGGCCAGCUCACCGCGCUGCCUGGUGCCUCUGGUGGAGCAGCACCGCAAACGCAUGUCGGUCUGCUGAACACCUGAGACUCACCUGAAGACACGCGUGAGACAUGUGUGAGACUCACCUGAGACAUGUGUGAGACUCACCUGAGGACACCUGAGACAUGUGUGAGACUCACCUGGAAACACCUGAGAUACGUGUGACUCACCUGGAAAACACUUGAAAAUCACCUGGAAACACCUGAGAGACAUGUGAGACUCACCUGAGAGGUGAGUGGGUGGGUGACCUCAGGAGACCUGGACCCGGUCUGGACCUGGUCUGCUGGACGGUUUGUUCACCGUGAGUCAGCUCACCUGUAAACGUCUCACCUGAGGGGAGGAAGUGAUCAGAGAAAGUUCACUCUGAAGAUGGAUGUUUUAAACCAGCUGGAUCUUAUUUUGACAGUUUCGUCUCACAUUUCCUGUCAGCGAACAGACCCUGUUAACCCUUCCUGCUACGCCCGGGUUGACCUUUGACCUCCGGUGCUGCAGUUUAACAGCGGUGAUGUUAAUAUUUUAACGGUUCUUAAUGAAAAGGAACAUUUCAGAGAAACAAAGUUUACUCUUAUUGUUUUUACGUAACGUGCGUGAGUAAGUUAACUUAAGUAAUUUAUGUUCUGUGUGAGUAACGUAAACCAAAUGCUUCUAAAGUCUAACAGGACGUUACAUAUUUAUUCUCUCUAACUUGACCGCGGGGCCCUCCAGGGCCAUAACAACGCUAACCCAGGGCGUUAAAAAGCAACGCCGAGGGGUGACAAGGUGUCCACAUGAGAUGAGAACAUGUGGCUUUACUACAUUUCCUCACAGGUUGGCACCGCAGAGGGAACAUUAUCUUAUUCACAAAGGGGCGUUCAAGAGGGCCCCUCUGCAGCGUUUUCCCACCACUGAGCCCUGCGAGGGGCCGACACGUCUCCAAGACUCUAAACAUGAAAGAACCCAAAAAGAACCACGUAUCUACAGACUGACUUCUUUAUUUCAGGCACAAACUUCACACAAAUUAUUUUCCCAGGAUGCUCCUGUGUUCUAACUUUUAUUUUGAAAACCUGCACGGUUUCACGCAGAAUGUGACUUUGCACAUGUUGAUUAAAUGUUUUUAUUUCAGAUAUUUUAUUAAACGCAGAUGUUAAUAAAACGUGACAUGUGUUCACUGUCUCCUCUUUA